AGGGGAAAAGCCAUGGGGGGCACCCCUUCGGAACCCCUUUCCCAGGCGCGCGCUCUCCGCUGGAAGAGGCGCAGAGAGACACUUUCCGGGGAAUCUUAAGUGUGCGGGAAGCUGGCUGGGGGGCUCAUCCGGUCCCAACGCCCGAGGCUCGGAAAAAAGAGAGUUGGCGGAGGGAGCGGACUACGUGCCGGGCCAUGGCCUAGGCCCUUCGGCCCCGGCCCCGGCCCCGGCCGCAAUGACCUCUUUGCCCUACCCCCUCCCUGGCCGGGACGCCUCCAAAGCCAUCUUCCCGGACAUCGCCCCUGUCCCAUCGGUAGUGGCUACCUACCCGCUUGGUCUGUCCCCCGCAACCGCAGUCGCCUCCGAUUUGCCCUACUCUGGGCCUUAUGGCCACCUCCUGUCCUACUCCUACACUGCGCCGGCGACCCCGGGAGACUCCUACCUGUCCUGCCAGCAACCGGCGGCGCCCUCUCAGCAGGACCCGAAGGCAGGUAAGUCCGGCCACCCCAGACAAAUGGAAGCGGACUCGGAGAAGCCGCCGCUGUCCCCUGAGUCCUCGGAGCAGCGCCCGCAGGCCCCGACCAAGAAGCUCCGCAAGCCGAGGACCAUCUACUCGAGUCUGCAACUGCAGCACCUGAACCAGCGUUUCCAGCACACACAGUACCUGGCGCUGCCCGAGAGGGCCCAGCUGGCCGCGCAGCUCGGCCUCACCCAGACCCAGGUAAAGAUCUGGUUUCAGAACAAACGCUCCAAAUACAAGAAGCUCCUGAAGCAGAACUCUGGAGUACAGGAAGGGGACUUGCCUGGGAGAGCCCCCUCCUUAUCUCCCUGCUCCCCGCCCCUUCCAUCCCUCUGGGAUCUGCCCAAGGCAGGGGCCCUGCCCACCGGUGGCUAUGGCAACAGCUUUGGAGCCUGGUAUCAGCAUCACUCCCCAGAUGUCCUGGCUCCAUCUCAGAUGAUGUGAGUCCCGGGAAGGGUGGGUCAGACCCCUGUCCUCCACAAAGCCCAGGACCCAGCCCACCUGCACCCCUUCUGGUCCCAGAGGAAACCAGCUCCAGAUGGAUUUUGUCAAGUGGACAAGAAGUUAGAGGAGAACAAGGAUGAGGUGGAGUCCUCUUCUCCCUUGCCCUGUAACCCAAACUGCCUAAUCAGGACUUUGGUCUUAACCACCGGCCCCACCAUGACCGUGGACUGGACCCGUUCCCUCCAGCUGAUCAGGGGCUCUGGAGGGAGAGUUAUCGGCUGACUUCCCACCCCUUCCCUGGACUGCAGUCUACCACGGCCUGGAGGCAAAACAAAGAAACACUUGAGUAUUUUUUCCUCUCUGUGUGCCUUGGGCCUCACCCAACCCUGUUACGAGCAAAAGC